AUGUCUGCUUUACAGGUCAUUGCAUCCAGCCAAAAUUCCGUUUCGAGCCACAGAAAGCUGUGUAAUAAAUUAUUCGCUUUACGGCUUCAAGAAGCCUUCUUACAGGAUGUUUUUCAAUCCAUAAACAUUAUUUUAACAGUGAGAAAAGGAAACACGAAUGCUGAUCGCGUGCUUCGGUUUAUUGUCACAUUCAUUAAUUAUCUUCAACAGAAGGAUCCCGAAACCGACAUUGCUCAACCAGUUUUAAAGCACGCUUUAAGAGGGUUAGAUGCGAAAGAUAAAACGAUACGCUUUCGUAGCUGUCAGGUCGUAGCCAGAGUCAUCAAUUCCGUGAAAGAAAUUGAUGAUGACAUAUACAGCAUCCUUCGUGAGAAAUUACUUGACCGUGUAGUAGACAGAGAGUCAUUUGUAAGAUUGGAGGCUGUCAUCGCGCUUUCUCGUCUUCAAGAAGAUACACAAGAGGAGGAAAACGAUGUUCGUAAUAUGCUAUUAUUUUUAUUACAAAAUGAUCCUAGUCCUGAUGUUCGAAGAGCCGUUUUGCUGAAUAUUGAAGUAAGUAAAGCUACUCUACCGUUUAUUCUUGAGCGUGCCAGAGACGUAGAUGCUACCAAUCGAAAAUGCGUCUACUCUAAAGUCGUUCCUAAAAUCGGUGACUUUCGAUACCUCAGUAUCAAAAAGCGAGUUCGUAUUUUAAAAUGGGGUAUGAAUGAUAGAGAUGAGAGUGUUCAACAGGCAGCGGCCAAUAUGCUAGCGUAUCAGUGGAUAGAAAGCGCAGAUAAUAAUUUGUUGGAAUUAUUAGAGCGUUUGGAUGUCGUCCAAAAUUCAGAGGUUGCCAAUUUAGCAAUCAAAUGCUUUUUUACUACUCGCUUGGAAACGCUCACCGAAAUUGAAUUCCCCGAUCAGUUCUGGAUGGAGUUAACGGCAGAGUCUGCUCUCCUUGCUAGAUCGUUUAGCGAAGUUUGCGCUGAGAAAAACUUUGGAGAACUUGCAGAAAAAAUACCUGAAGUAAGUCAAUUAACAUUUUUCAUUGAAAAACAAUAUGUCGCUUUACGAGACAAAUCUACUUAUGAGGAGGCUUCAUUUAUCAUUGAACAGCUAUUGCUUAUCGCUUUGAAUCAAGAUAUGGCUGAUGAAAUUGGAAGACGUAAAUUAUUAAAGAGUUUAACUAACAGUCUUUCCACUUCGUUGCUUACGGAAACUUUAAUAUCUCUUCAUGUGGAAUUACUGAAAAAGUUGUGUACUACCGAAACCGAUUUUUGCUCAUUACUGGUGGAGAUCAUUACUGAUAUUUUUGAACAGGGCCAUAUUGAACCAACAAAGGAAUCCCAGCUCGAGCAGACUCCCCCAAAGUCACCCCAGGAAAAAGAAAAAGAUGCUGCUUCUUCUCCGCUUCCCUCCAAUAUGGAAGAAGAUGAGGCUAAUGAGGAGACCGAAGAAUAUAAGGAAGCAUUUAAUGAGAUUAGGUGCCUUUCUUAUGUACAAGCCUUAUUCGAAAAUAUAUCUUCUCCACUAAAUGAAAACUUAUACGUCGUUGAUUUACUGAAGUCUUUAAUUAUACCUGCUGUAAAAUCACACGAUCUCCCAAUCCGUGAAAAAGGUUUAGAAUGUUUGAGCUUAGUUUGUCUCCUAAAUAGUGAUUUGGCCUUUGAAAAUAUUCCUUUAUAUUUACACUGCUUGGAAAAAGGAACAGAUAAUUUAAAAAUCAUUGCCCUUCGAACUUUGACUGAUAUCUUUCUCCAACAUGGCAAGGAGCGAUUCUCCAAUUUUGAUGAGCAGUUUUCGUCGUUGCUGCUUGAAAAUCUUUUUAACAUUGACGAGGCCGAAUUCCAAACCCUUAGUGCUGAAGCAAUUGCGAAGCUCUUAGUAAUUGUUCAUUAUAGAGACGAGGUGUUUCUAAAGCCUUUAAUAAUCCAGUAUUUUGAACCUAAUACUGUUGAGAACUAUGCUUUGCGCCAGGUGCUGGGUUAUUUCUUUCCAGUUUAUGUAUAUGGAUCACCCGAAAAUCAGUGGAAAGUUGCAGAGGUAUUUUGCGACACGUUGUUGAAUUUGCUGGAAGUAUAUCGUGAUAUAGAUGAAGAUGAUCUUCAAUUGUCAACUUCCCAGAUUGCUUUGCAAAUGCUUGACUGGACCGACCACGAAAAACUUUUUGAGAAAAAAGUUAAUAGCGAUUCCUCCACAGAAAAUCAAAAAAUUCAUUUGCACUUGGCGAACAACAUAUUUGAAAGCUUGCCUCGUGCGUCCGAAGGAAAAGAGAGAAAACUCAUAGUUUCUUUGCUUGGAAAAUUAAACAUUCCUGAGACUUUACCUUCUGAGGACUUUAGCAAAUCCAUUAGGAAAUUACAAACGUUUGAGAAUUAUGGCUUAACGCUGGAUUCUGCUAGCAUGAAUAUUCUAUCAAGGUUUGAUACAAUGUUAAGAAAUAACGAAGAAACGGCGCGUGAGAGAGAAGAACAAGAGGCGAAAAGUGAUGAAGACCGCCCAGAAGAGGUGAACGAAAUCAAAGAAACUGAAGACAAAGAAGAAGAACCUGCUGCUAAUAAUGACUUUAAUCUUGAAACAACAAAUCAAGAUCACUCAAUGACAGUUGAUACUGAUGAAGAGGUAAACAUCAAAGAGGAAGAGGACUAA